AUUAAAUUUAUGCAAAAAUUGCAGUUCAAGAGCAUGGUGCAGAGGAAAGCACGUCCAUCACAUGUUCUUGGAGAAAUGGAGCAUCGCAAACUGCUUGAAUGUUUGGAAGAAGACAGAUGCAAAACUGGAAGCUCGGUCUUAGGACAGAUACAUUUGGACCUUGCUAAAUAUCACGAGUUGAAUAGGUUUGUCAAGGAGUCUGAAUCUUAUGACAGAGAAGCUGCUAUUUUUCAUUUAAGCCAAGCAGCCAGAUGUGGCAUUCUUGAAGCCAUCAAAACUAUGGCACAUCUCCAUCUUGGCUUACAGCAUGACAUCCUGCCAGACAUUGAGGUAUGUGGUAAAGAAAAAUAAACUUCAAUAAAUGUU